GGGGUUUUCCUUUAUAGCUCAUGCAGGCAUGAUGCUAUUGCUCUAAAGGAUUUUGAGGAAUUGGAAAAGGAAUUAGACAAUAUGGAAAAGAAAAACAAUGAACAUUGCAAGGUUGACAGCUGGAAGAUUGGAGAGCUGAUAAUGGAUUCUGGACUAAAAUAUGCUCAGCCAAGCACACAGACCGGACGGACAGAUGUUAACUCUCUGACAAACUGGAAUGUUCCUUUGGUCUGGGAGGGGACUUUUGAUCCUUUGGUUAUAGAUGACAUCUAUAAGAAAAUGGACCCAAGAGUAGCUGUUGUGGUUUUUGCUGUUGGCAAAUACACUCGUUUUUUGAAGAAAUUCAUUGAGACUGGAGAAAAGUACUUUCUUGUUGGCUUCAGAGUCACUUACUACAUCCAUACGGACAGAGCAAAUGAAGUCCCUAAGGUUGAGUUGGGAAAAGGCAGGAACAUUACAAUUGUAACUGUACCAAGUGCCACCCGCUGGCAAGAUGUUGUUCUUGGCAGGAUGAAAUGGGCUACCCUCACAAUUGAAAAGACGAUAAAUAAAGAGGCAGAUUACCUGUUUAUGAUGGACAUAGACAGCGUCUUCCACAACCGAUUCGGAGCGGAGUCUCUCAGUCGUCUUUCAGCUGUACUUCAUCGUGGCUACUACAAGAACACACCAAGGGACAGCUUUCCUUACGAGCGUCGGCCACUAUCCAAAGCCUACAUAUCUGCUGGGGAAGGAGACUACUACUACACGGCAGCUGUCUGGGGUGGAUACCUGGAGGAUAUGUACAAGCUUGUCAAGUACUGCUAUGAGAUGUCAGAGGAGGACGCCAAAAACAAGAUUGAAGCUGUCUGGCAGGAGGAGAGUCAUCUCAACAGAUAUCUGUUAUACAACAAACCAACCAAGGUGCUGUCUCCAGAAUACCUGUGGUCAGACUAUGACAAAGUACCGGGUGAUAUUAAAGUUGUCAGGAUUUCCCAGUUGGUAAAAAACUAUGCAGAAGUGCGGCCGAAUGGCGGACAAUGAUGUUUUAACUUCCAUCUACUACGCCUCUGCUUUUUGACCAUAUGCCAAAAUGUGCCAUCAGUGAACCUAUUGUUAUAUUUAUUUGAUAUUAAAACCUGGUUAAAAUCUGGUAUUUUAUUUUUAAAAAGUAAAGUCUAGUUAUAUGACCACAAUAACUAUCUACUGCAUACAUAGUUAGUUGGUUUAAGCGGCAGUCAUAAUCUGUUAUUUUAAGUUAGAGUUAACCAAUCUAUAUGAUGUUCAGAACCCCUGUUAUUUAAAACGGAUGGUAGCCUUAAUAAUCUGCAAUGAUCAUGAAAGAGUUCAAACUAAACACCUUCAACUGCAUUGAAGCAUACAACCCAGCAGACAUUUUGUUCUAUCCUGAGCAUAUCCUAGCUCAAAUUAAGAUACCCUAUUUUAUAAGAUUUAGGAAUAAAUAGAGAAUAGGCCACUUUUGAAGUGUGACUGUAGGGGUGUGUUUACAUGGGAACACUGGUGAGGGUAGAUUUAUAUACAGGCAGAUUAAAAAAAUGAAUAUCAUGAAAAGUUCAAUAUUUUUAGUCACUCCUUUAAGAAAUUGAAGUUUUUAUUUUAUAUAAUUUUAUUAGCAUUAUAUUCCCAGACUACCUUCUUAAGGCUAUGGUAAUCUAUGUCAAUCUAUGGUAAUUGUUUUAUUUACACUGAAAUUUUAAGGCCUGCCGUAUCUAAGAAUUUAAAGGGGUUAUAGAAAGAUUCUAUAGCGUAUUUGUUGCUGGUCUUUAAGGUCUCUGAAUAGGGUGUGUAACAUUGGUUGGGCUGAAAAUGGCAUAUUUGCUGUUCUAUUAGCCUUAAUGCAAGCCUGCUUAAAAGCCCUAGAAUGAAAUGACAGGUUUCCUUCCUUUUAUGGAAUGCUUAUGAAUAUUUAGAUUAGCUGUGCGCUGAUUGAUUGGCUUACAAUGAGCGAAGCUGCUGAGCAAAGAUGCAUCAUAGCAACAA